AGGGGGUGCCCCGGGAACCUGGGGCCCUUGGAUGGAAAAGGGGGGGGGGUGAUGAAGCAGGCCAGGUUUGGAAUAAACUGGGAAAGGAGGAGGACGGCUGUGAGGAGGGCUCCAGGGAGGAGACGUGAGGCUGAAGGCGAAAGGGAGAGAGUCUGUUUGGGGGAAGGGACGCAGAAGCGCAGGUAUGGAGGCCGCAGCCCAGAAGGUUGCUAUGGGGCCAGGCUGGAGACCCCCGCCCUCGCCAGGGUGGGACUCAGGGGCGGGACUACUAGGGGGAAGCCGGGGGUUCUCCCAAAUCGUGGAGCAGAAAGAAGGUAGAUUUGAUUUGGGCCAUCAGCGAGAGGAGGGAGGCAGAAACCAUUGCUGAGGGACCAGGGAGCUGGAAUAGAGGUGGACGGAGGUCCAGGCCCAGGAUUGGAACAGCGGGACUCCAGGGAGUGAAGGUAGAUGGAUGGAUGGGAUUUUUAGUUACCCAACUCAUUAUCACCAUCCUUCCUUCAGCAUCCCCGCCCUGACCUGAUGAUCCCCCAGUAAGCCUCAGGGCCCAAGAGAGGGUAGCAAGCCUAACUGCCCCCCCCACCUUCCCUAGCUGGGUGCAAUGUACACAAGUAGGCCCAGAGCACAACUCCUUGUCUGUAGGUGUGGCCAGUUCCAUAGCAGAUUUGUGUGCUAGAAGGUCUGUGUGUAUCGGUGGGUGUGUCGGUGGGUGUUUAUGUCUGCGUGUUUGCUGUUCCUGGGUUUGUGUUUACCUAUGCCCCUCUACGUCUGCCCCUGUUUGUAGAUAGAUCUGUGGUGGCGGGGUGGUGUGUCUAAAUGUGCUGUGUGCUUACAGAGUUGCUGUAUAUUCGUGAGGUCUGUCUGUCUCUGGUGGUUCAGGAUGUAUUUACACAGGAUGGGGAUCUGUGUCAACCUGAUCUCUCCAGAGUGGCUCCAGACACCUUUGUCAGGGUGUGGGACUCUGUGCACACACUUCUACGUCUGUCUGUCUGGGAGGGGUCCCGUAGACUGUGGAUAUUCUCUGCCUGUGUUUUCCUCUUCUGAAGACCCAAAUCAUGUCUCUGCUCCCUUUUUCUCCCUCCCCCAACCGUAUCUUGCCUUUUCUCCUUCCCACCCAUUCCCCACAUCAAGUGGAUCCGGGACCCAGGGAGGGCCGCCCCCCGGGCCUGGUGGCGUUAAGCAGGGCCCCUCAGCCCCCCCCUCCUGCCUCACGACAUGAACCUUCUCUACCGAAAAACCAAGCUGGAGUGGAGACAGCACAAAGAAGAAGAGGCCAAAAGGAGCUCCAGUAAGGAAACAGCCCCCACAGGCCCAGUGGGGGCUGGGGCUGUCCCAGGGCCUGGGGUCCGAGUGCGGGACAUUGCCUCGCUUCGAAGGUCCCUCAGGAUGGGCUUCAUGACGAUGCCCGCGUCCCAGGAACACACCCCUCACCCCUGCCGCAGCGCCAUGGCCCCACGCUCUCUCUCCUGCCAUUCAGUGGGCAGCAUGGACAGUGUAGGGGGUGGGCCCGCAGGAGGCGGGGGAGGUCUCACAGAGGACAGCAGCACCCGAAGACCCCCGGCCAAGCCCCGGAGACACCCCAGUACCAAGCUCAGCAUGGCAGGAUCAGGGGCAGAGACACCGCCAAGUAAGAAAGCAGGCUCUCAGAAGCCAACCACUGAGUGCCGAGAAUCUAGCCGGAAGGUUCCACCACAAAAACCCAGGCGAAGCCCCAACACCCAGCUGUCUGUGUCCUUCGAUGAGUCUUGUGCCCCAGCCCCAUGUCCUCGAGGGGGGAACCUGCCCCUGCAGCGCCUCAGCAGGGCGUCUCGAAUAGCCGGAGACCUGGAUGCAGGUGCCCAGGAAGAAGAGCCCGUGUACAUUGAGAUGGUGGGGGAUGUCUUUCGUGGAGGAGGAAGAAGCGGAGGAGGCCUGACCGGGCCUCCUCUUGGAAGUGGAGGCCCAACCCCUCCAGCUGGUGCCGACUCAGACUCUGAAGACAGCGAGGCUAUAUAUGAAGAGAUGAAGUACCCCUUGCCUGAAGAGGCCGGAGAAGGCAGGGCCAACGGGCCCCCUCCAUUGAUGGCACCCUCCCCUCCACAACAGCCUCAUAUCUUCCAGCCCCACCCCCACCGCCGUCCAGCUUCAGCCCUCCCGAGCCGGAGGGAUGGGACACCCACCAAGACCACUCCUUGUGAAAUCCCCCCACCUUUCCCCAAUCUCCUUCAGCACCGGCCUCCAUUGCUGGCCUUCCCCCAAGCCAAGUCUGCUUCACGAGCCCCUGGCGAUGGGGUCUCACGGCUACCGGUCCUCUGCCACUCCAAGGAGCCAGCUGGUUCCACCCCAGCUCCCCAAGUGCCUGCACGAGAGCGGGAGACGCCUCCCCUGCCGCCUCCGCCUCCUGCUGCCAACCUGCUAUUGCUGGGACCCUCAGGCCGAGCCCGGAGCCACUCCACACCAUUGCCACCCCAGGGCUCUGGCCAGACCCGGGGGGAGCGGGAGUUUCCCAACUCUCACAGCAUGAUCUGCCCCAAAGCGGCAGGGGUAUCGGCAGCCCACCCUGCCCCAGCUGCCUUGCUCCCCGGCCCCCCCAAGGACAAGGCUGUGUCGUACACCAUGGUGUAUUCUGCGGUGAAAGUGACCACACACUCGGUCCUGCCCGCUGGCCCGCCCCUGGGUGUUGGGGAGCCAAAGACGGAGGAGAUCUCGGUUCUCCACGGAAUGCUGUGUGCCAGUUCGAGGCCCCCUGUGCCAGGGAAAUCCAGCCCCCAUAGUGGAGCGGUGGGUUCAGCAGCUGGGGUCCUCCACCACCGUAGCUGCCUGACCUCCCCCCACAGCCUUCCGGAUCCAACUGCAGGUCCCCUGACCCCCCUCUGGACCUACCCAGCCACAGCGGCUGGGCUCAAGAGACCCCCUGCCUAUGACAGUCUCAAGGCUGGGGGGGUGCUGAGUAAGGGCUGUGGAAUAGGAGCACCGUCCCCCAUGGUCAAGAUCCAGCUGCAAGAGCAAGGGUCUGAUGGAGGCGCCUUUGCCAGCAUCUCCUGUGCCCACGUUAUCGCCAGUGCUGGGACACCAGAGGAAGAAGAGAUGGGCGCCGCGUUCGGGGCAGGCUGGGCUCUGCAGAGGAAGGUCCUGUAUGGAAGGCGGAAAGCCAAGGAACCGGACAGUGACUCCCUAAUGGCAUCUCUAGGUCUCUCUUCUCAUCUCUGGUUUUUGGGCCUAGAUUUCACAGGAGGGUACCGCCUGGGCCGCUCUGCCUCCACUUCUGGAGUCCGUCAGGCUGCGCUCCAUACCCCUCGACCCUGCAGCCAGCCCAGGGUCGCCCUGAGUCAGACCCACCCUGUGCUGCCUCUGCCCCUGCCGCCCCAGCCAGCCCGGGAGCGCGAUGGCAAACUCCUAGAGGUGAUCGAGCGUAAACGCUGCGUGUGCAAGGAGAUCAAGGCCCGCCACCGUCCCGACCGGGGGCUCUGCAAGCAAGAGAGCAUGCCCAUCCUCCCCAGCUGGCGGCGGGGCCCCGAACCCCGCAAGUCCGGCACCCCGCCCUGCCGCCGGCAACACACGGUCCUCUGGGACACUGCCAUCUGAGGAUGCAGGGGCGGCUUGGGACGCCUGGAUUCGAAGGGGAGGGGCCUGCCCAGGUCUACUUGAGACUUGAGAGAGGGAGGAACGAGGAGGGUUCCUACUAGGCCCAUCGUGGGGACUUGAGGUGCAAGUUAGCAUCCCAAGUAAUUUGGGGGAGGAGGAGGGUUUGCUUGAUGUUGGAGGGAGGGGUCUGAGCGUGUAGACCCCUCUUUAAAUGAAUGGAGAUCACCGCGGGGAAAGGCAGGGUUUGGUGGAACGCGGGGGUGGGGCAUAUCGACUGGAGAGACAGGGAAACUAGCUCUUUUAUUGAGAGCCGGGGAGUGGGGAAGGGUAUUAUUUAUUUUGUUAUUUAUUUUAGUCUGGAGGGCAGUUCUGGGCCCUUCUGACCUACUCCUGAGCAGGAGGUGGAGAACCGAGGCUAAAUUUGCACUCUCCCCAAGGCCAGUGCCUAAAGACCGCCGCCAUCCUUGCCCAGCUAAGGGGAGGAUGGGCCCUGCCGGGGGAGCAGUCAGAAGGUAGAAGCCCAGACAGUGACAGUAUUUAUAGUUUUCCCAGAAUUUGGUAGUGAGUGUGGUCUGCUGUAAAACAGGCAUUUAUUUAGUUCUGGGGUAAGGGUCUAGCCUGGGAUGGGUGGGAUGAUAGGAAAGAGGGGAAACUUAAAUGGGGGGCGGGGGCGGGGUAUUUAUUUAAAUUAAAAACAAAGCUGUCAGGAACUUUUUUUAAUUCCUUUCUUUUCAGAAUAAUAUAUUAAAAGACUCAUGAUCCUA